AUGAAGCAAGAGAGCCGCAACUCCCAGAUGCGCGGAAUCAAGACUUCAGGAAGCCAUGCUCAUGGCAGGAAACGGCACGGCGCGGCACCGGGCCACCAUGAGGCUGACCAUGCGGAUAUGCCUUACCCAUCCUCCCAUGCAGACGGGUGGCAGCAGGAGUUUUACAACCAGCCGAGUUCGGCUCCCGCGACUACUCGAGCGACAAUAUCGGCACUGUUGAACCACGAAGACGGUGCGGAGGCGGAUACCGACUACUACGCGGCUUCCAUGGACAAAAGUACCACCUCGUCCACGAUGACGCCCAACAGCACACUUUCUCACAUACCACCGGCACCCGUGGACAAUUCCUUUGCGUCGGUUGUAAUGUCACAUCAACGGUCUACGACUUCUUUGAACGGCGCGUAUACGUACCAUGCGCACGAGUCGCACAUUGCCCAUGCUACAUACGCUAGUGACGAGGACUAUGAGAGAGGCAAAGCCACCUUGGGGUAUACAUACGACUAUGUCGACAACGGUGGAAUCCCACAUGACGGUAGUGCUGGAUAUGACGACGGUUCUAGCAAAAUCAAGACGAGCAAGUCGAGGCAGGCGCGCGAAACAAAAUCUAAGAAGAGUGCUUCCUCAACGUCCAGGAGCCAGAAAGGAAGCAGCCGACAAAAAUAUACGCCAUCUUCAGCCACAGCCUCUUCUCCAGCAUUUUCGGCGCCGCACACCCCGAAUACACCAAACACACCAAGUAUGCACACGCCACACCUUACAUCUAUUGGCAGCGGCAGUAUGGGUAGCAGUGGCUUCGAUGAGGACGACGACGAGACCGACAUUUAUGGGCGGCGACUCGGAGGAAGUAUUGCGAGUCGAGACACCUCAACCGCGCCUCUCGGCCGUCCACGCGCCGAAGCAAACCAACCUCCAAUUAUCCAGCGCGAACGCAAUCGAAUGGCGGCGACAAAGUGCCGCGCAAAAUCCAAGGCGGCCAUCUCGAAACUCGAAGAGGACGAGCGUGCGGUCACCGAGGAGCGGAACAAUCUCUUUGCACAAAAAGAGGUCCUUGUCGACGAAGUUCUGAAUCUACGAAUGGAGCUGAUCCGACACGGACAUUGCGUGGGCGACAACAACAUCCAGAACUAUCUUCAGAACGCCGCUCGCAUGAUUGGAAACAGCGGCGGUAGGCACAUGAUCUGGGGCCCCGAUGGAAAUGGCAGCCCUAGCGGCGAGGGCUCUGCAACGAGAGAUGGGAGCAGACGAGACCGGUGA